AUGACUAUUGGCCGACGUUCUGAACAUGCUCCCUUCUCUCCGGCUUCCAACCCGACACCUACAUCCGCCAUCAUGCCGACCGAAAAUACCUGGAUCAUGGAUGAUUCAACCCGCAACAAACUCUUGAAAAAAUAUAAGACCCAGGUGGCUUCGGCGACGUCGAGCGUCUGCGCGACUCUUGCGGUGACUCCUCUAGAAAAUGUCAAAACCCGCAUGCAAACCCACAACUUCAAGAACAUCUUUCAGUGUGUUCGUUAUCUGUGGCGGACGGAAGGCCCGCGUGGAUACGUGGCUGGUGCCCUUCCUCCGCUAGCGAGUGUGACUGCCGUCCGGGUGGUGAAUUUCACUACCUAUAAUCACGCCAAACAUGUCAUUUCCGACUCCUUCGAGCGUUUCACAGGCGUAUCUCCGCUGGAUGAAUACAACAAACCCGGCAGCACCCCCACCGUGACUGGUCUUUUGACCUUUACAACUGCUGGUCUCUUAGCCGGUCUGGUGGCAUCGCCUCUGGCUUGCCCCUUUGAGCUCGCCAAGAACGUUGUUCAGACUUCUGUUCUGGUGUCCAACAGAGCUCAAGCCGCUCCGGACGCAGCCCGUGACCCUUCGCUGCGUAGCAAGCCGCGAUUGGGAACCAUCGAGGCUAUCCAGCAGAUCGUCAAGCGCCACGGGUUCCGCGGCUUGUACACUGGGUUCCGCCUCCAUGCCAUGCGUGACACGGUGGGGUCGGCACUGUAUUUCAGUGUCUAUGAAACUGUGAAGCAGGUUGCUGCCAAGGAGCUCGGGUCCGACAAGUCCCCGUUCGGAGCACCCAUGAUCGCGGGUGCCAUCUGCAGCACUGUUCCGUGGUUUUGCACUUAUCCACUGGACACACGCAAGACACGCGCGCAGAGUGUUCUGCUCGGCAAGACCAAGGAGAUCGGCGAGGCCUCCGCUGCCGUUGCCAAAUCCAGCAUGUACAAAGGCAUUUCCAUCAUUCUCAUCCGGACCGGCGUCAACAACAUGAUUCUUCUCAGUCUUUUUGAAUACAUCAAAUCGCGCAUCAAUGAGCUUCCUGCCUGA